AUGAGUAUUGCCCUUCCUACUGGAGAAAUUGUGAAAUGUAGAACCCUAUACAGAAAUUGCCCUAUCAUGUUAGGGGAAGUAGAGUUCCUAGCUGACCUAAUAGCCUUUGAUCUAUCUGAUUUUGAUGUGAUUUUGGGAAUGAACUGGUUGACAAAGUAUGAGGCUAGCAUUAAUUGUUUGAGGCAGAGGGUAACCCUUACAACACCAAGUGGGGAUAGGAUUUCGUUCCAAAAAUCAGAGAGAAAACCGACGAUUCAAAUUGUCUCUGCUCUGAGAGCUCAGGAAAUGAAUGAGAGUGGCUGUACUGGCUAUCUUUGUAGUGUGGUUGACCUUAAUACUCCCGAACCAUCCAUUACCGACAUACCCAUUGUUUGUGAAUACCCAAAUGUUUUUCCCGAGGAGAUACCUGGUAUGCCCCCACCAAGAGAGUUAGACUUCAGUAUUGAACUUAUUCCAGGAUCCACUCCUAUUUCUAAGGCACCAUAUAGGAUGGCGCCAGCUGAAUUACAAGAGUUGAAGAAACAAUUAGAUGAUUUGCUUAAAAAGGGGUAUAUUCGACCGAGUGUUUCACCUUGGGGAGCCCCAGUCUUAUUUGUGAAGAAGAAAGAUGGAACUUUGAGUAAUGAGGAACAUGAGGAGCAUUUGAGGAAAGUGUUAGACACGUUGAUUAAAAACCAGUUGUAUGCCAAGUUGUCAAAAUGUCAGUUCUGGCUUAGAGAAAUAUCAUUUUUGGGUCAUAUUAUCUCUGAUAAAGGUGUAUCUGUUGAUCCUGAGAAAAUAAAAGCAAUUGUAGAAUGGCCUAGACCCACCAAUGUCCCCGAAGUACGAAGUUUUAUGGGUUUAGCCGGAUAUUAUCGAAGAUUUGUUCAAGACUUUUCUAAGGUUGCCUUACCCAUAACCCGCCUAGUUAGGAAGAACACUAAAUUUGAGUGGAGUGAUGAUUGUGAGUCAGCAUUUCAAGAACUUAAGAGACGUCUCACCACUGCCCCUAUUCUUACCUUGCCAUCUGGAACUGAGGGGUUUGUUAUCUAUAGUGAUGCCUCUAAGUAUGGAUUAGGAUGUGUUCUGAUGCAGAAAGGAAAAUUCAUAGCUUAUGCUUCCCGCCAACUCAAACAGAACUUCCCUACUUAUGAUCUUGAACUUGCAGCUGUAGUUUUCGCACUCAAAAUCUGGAGACACUACCUGUAUGGAGUCUCUUGUCAGAUUUUCACCGACCAUAAAAGCCUUAAAUAUAUUUUCACCCAAAAAGAGCUAAACAUGAGACAACGUAGAUGGUUAGAACUCCUGAAAGAUUACGAUCUUGAUAUUCAAUACCACCCUGGAAAGGCUAACGUAGCUGCUGAUGCAUUGAGCCGAAAAUCUCACCUAAAUAUGAUCUUACCUUUUUCCCGAGCCAAUCAUGAUGAUCUGCAAAAGAUGAAAAUCGAGUUCAUUAGCAAGCAAAGAAUCGCUCGAUUGAAUACGCUCGAAAUGAGACCAACUUUGAUCGAUGAUAUUAAGGAAGCACAAGGAAAGGACUUGCAGUUGGAACGAAUAAGAAAUGAGGUAAGAAACGGGAAGUCACCUGGUUUCGUAAUUCAAGAAGAUGCAACUGACGGGCAAACCGAGCGCACUAAUCAGAUUGUCGAGGAUAUGCUGAGAGCAUGUAUUUUGGAUUUUCAAGGAACGUGGGAAAAGUUUUUACCAAUAGUGGAAUUCUCAUACAACAACAGUUAUCAAGCGACCAUUGGCAUGGCCCCAUACGAAGCUCUUUACGGUAGAAAAUGCCGAACCCCAUUGUGUUGGAGCGAUAUCGAUGAAGCACGUGUCAUAGGACCAGAAUUGAUUCAGGAAACCACCGACAAGAUUUGGUUAAUCCAAUCGAGAAUGAAAGCGGCACAAAGCAGGCAAAAGAGUUAUGCAGACCAACGAAGAAGACCGUUAGAGUUUGAGGUUGGCGAUCACGUGUUCUUAAAGAUUUCGCCUACAAAAGGGGUAAUGAGAUUCGGCCAAACCGGGAAACUAAGCCCAAGAUACAUCGGGCCGUAUGAGAUAUUAGAAAGAGUAUCCGAAGUAGCAUAUCGACUUGCCUUACCGACCGACUUGGAGAAAGUGCAUAACGUAUUUCAUGUUUCAAUGUUAAGAAAAUAUGUUCCUGAUCCAAGCCAUGUGAUUUCACACGAACCCUUAGCGUUGCGAAAUGAUCUUACGUACGAGGAAAAACCGAUUGAAAUUCUUGAUCGCAGAGAGAAACGUCUUAGAAACAAAGUGAUUCCGAUGGUUAAGGUCUUGUGGGCUAAUCACUUGACAUCCGAGGCCACGUGGGAAGUCGAGGAUCAAUUUAAAUCUAAAUACCCCCAGUUGUUCGCUUAA